AUGUCGUUCGCGGCCAUGGGCAACUUCGGCAAUGCCGACCACACCAUACACACCUCCGGCGUAGACGUGAACCAAGGAUUGAGCCCCGACCACAUCGAACCGAGCGACGAGAGGACUCUGCGCGACCACUCUCCCGCCCGCGGCGAGACAUCUAGCUCCAAGCCCGAGGAAAAGGCCGUCGAAGACGACAAAUCAUCCAGCUCAGACAGCAGCUCGGAGCAGGAACGCAUACAUCAGGUCCAUUCGCUCGCCAGACAGUACACCAAUCACUCCACAUACUCGGCCAUUGGCAAGAACCCUUUCACCGAAGCCGAGCCCAACUCUUCAUUGGACCCCAAUGGCGAGAACUUCAACGCCCGCGCUUGGGCCAAGGCCAUGCUCCACCUCGUCUCCCGUGACCCGGAGAAGUACCCUGAGAGGACGGCCGGUAUUGCCUACAAGAACAUGAACGUCUACGGUUUCGGCAACGCCACCGAUCACCAGAAGAGCGUUGGCAACGUCCUGCUGGAUAUUCCUGGCACUGUCCGCAGUUUGUUCAAGAUUGGACAACGCAGGAUCGACAUCCUCCGCGAUUUCGAGGGCCUCGUCGAGGCUGGCGAGAUGUUGGUUGUCCUUGGUCCUCCCGGUUCUGGAUGCACCACGCUUCUCAAGUCAAUUGCAGGCGAGACGCACGGUUUCGAGAUUGAGCCCGGCUCGUACAUCAACUACCAAGGCAUCUCAGCAAAGGAUAUGCACAAGAAUUUCCGUGGUGAGGCCAUUUAUACCGCCGAGGUCGAUGUCCACUUCCCCAACAUGACGGUUGGUGACACUCUUGCCUUUGCGGCCCGUGCUCGCGCCCACCGCGAACCCCCCGGAGGUGUUGACAAGUGGACUCAUGCGAAUCACAUGAGGGACGUCGUGAUGGCCAUGUACGGCAUCUCUCACACCAUCAACACUCGCGUGGGUAACGAUUUCAUCCGUGGUGUGUCUGGUGGUGAGCGGAAGCGUGUCUCCAUUGCCGAAGCCACCCUCUCGCAUGCCCCUCUCCAGUGCUGGGAUAACAGCACUCGUGGUCUUGACUCGGCCAACGCCAUCGAGUUCUGCAAGACCCUCCGCAUGCAGACCGAGCUGAACGGAUGCACCGCCUGCGUCGCCAUUUACCAGGCCCCCCAAGCAGCGUACGAUGUUUUCGACAAGGUCGCUGUUCUGUACGAGGGUCGUCAGAUUUACUUUGGCCGUAGCACCGAGGCCAGGGAGUACUUUGUCAACAUGGGCUUCGAGUGCCCCGACCGUCAGACGACGGCUGAUUUCUUGACGUCGAUGACUUCUGCUCGUGAGCGUGUCGUCCGUCCUGGCUUCGAGAACAAGGUUCCCCGCACUCCUGAUGAAUUUGCCGCCCGCUGGAAAGCGAGCCCUGAUCGUCAGCAGCUUCUGCAAAAGAUUGACGAGUACGACCGCAAGUACAGUAUCGGCGGCGAGUACCUCGAGAAGUUCAAGCAGUCGCGCAAGGCGCAGCAGGCCAAGAACCAGCGCCUGGCCUCCCCUUACACCCUGUCCUACGGUCAACAGGUCAAGCUGUGUUUGUGGCGUGGUUUCCAGCGUCUGAAGGGCGACCCCAGUCUCACCCUGUCGCAGCUCAUCGGAAACAUGAUCAUGGCUCUCAUUCUGAGCUCGGUCUUCUUCAACCUCCAAAUGACAACCGCCAGCUUUUUCUCGCGCGGUGCUCUUCUCUUCUUCGCUGUCCUCUUCAACGCCUUCGGUUCUGCCCUUGAAAUCCUGACUCUCUUUGCUCAACGUCCCAUCGUUGAGAAGCAUUCCAGAUAUGCGCUGUACCACCCAUCUGCUGAAGCUUUCGCAUCGAUGCUUACGGACAUGCCUUACAAAAUCGUGAACGCCAUCUGUUUCAACCUGAUUCUGUACUUCAUGACCAACCUGAGGCGUGAGCCGGGUGCCUUUUUCUUCUUCGUCCUGGUUUCGUUCACCCUCACCCUGGUCAUGUCCAUGCUGUUCCGUACCAUCGGAUCCGUCUCGCGCACGCUGUCGCAGGCCUUGGCUCCGGCUGCCAUUCUGAUCCUUGCUCUCGUCAUCUACACCGGCUUCACCAUUCCCACGCAGUACAUGCUCGGCUGGUCUCGUUGGAUCAACUACCUUGACCCGAUCUCCUACGGCUUCGAGUCGCUCAUGAUCAACGAAUUCCAUGAACGCAAUUACACUUGCUCCCAGAUGGUGCCUGCACUCCCCAAUGCACCUCUGGACAGCACAGUCUGCGCCCAGGUGGGCGGAAAGCCUGGCCAAACCUAUAUCAAUGGUGAUGCGUACAUUAACUCGUCCUACGAAUACUACCACGCGCACAAGUGGAGGAACUACGGCAUCCUCAUCGCCUUUGGGCUCUUCUUCAUGAUCACCUACCUCGCUGCUACCGAGUUCAUUUCGGCCAAGAAGUCCAAGGGUGAGGUCCUCCUUUUCCGCCGUGGCCAUGCUCCUGCCUCCGUCAAGUCCUCCCCCGUUGAUGAGGAGAGUGCCGGCGGCCAGUCGCAGGUCGCUGAGAAGAACAUCGACAAGGAUGCUAGUGCAAUCAUUGAGAGGCAAACGGCCAUCUUCCACUGGGAGGACAUGUGCUACGACGUCAAGAUCAAGACCGAGGACCGCCGCAUCUUGAACUGCGUCGACGGCUGGGUCAAGCCCGGUACCCUCACUGCGCUCAUGGGUGUCUCUGGUGCUGGUAAGACUACUCUUCUGGAUGUUCUCGCCACUCGUGUCACUAUGGGUGUCAUCACUGGUGACGCCCUUGUCGAUGGUCGUCCACGCGACGAUUCCUUCCAGCGUAAGACCGGUUACGUCCAGCAACAGGAUCUGCACCUCGAAACUUCCACCGUCCGCGAGGCUUUGACUUUUAGCGCCCUGCUGCGUCAACCUGCGCACGUCUCCAAGGCCGAAAAGCUGGAAUACGUCGAUGAAGUCAUCAAGCUCCUGGAAAUGGAAGAUUACGCUGGCGCUGUUGUCGGUGUCCCUGGCGAGGGUCUCAACGUUGAGCAGCGCAAACGUCUCACGAUCGGUGUCGAACUGGCCGCCAAACCUCAGCUGCUUUUGUUCCUUGACGAGCCUACUUCCGGUCUCGACUCUCAAACGUCCUGGGCUAUCUGUGAUCUGAUGGAGAAGCUCGCCAAGAAUGGCCAGGCUAUUCUCUGCACCAUUCACCAGCCGUCUGCAAUGCUCUUCCAACGCUUCGAUCGUCUUCUGUUCCUUGCCAGGGGCGGCCGCACCGUCUACUUCGGCGACAUUGGCAAGAACUCCAAGGUCUUGACCAACUACUUUGAGCGGAACGGCGCACACCCUUGCCCGCCCGCAGCCAACCCGGCCGAGUGGAUGCUUGAGGUUAUUGGUGCCGCCCCCGGUUCGCAUUCGGACAUCGAUUGGCCCGAGACGUGGCGCAACUCUGAUGAGUUUAGGGCGGUCAAGGCCGAGCUGGCCCAGAUGAGAGCUGAGCUCCCUCAAAAGAGCCAGCCCAGCUCAUCGGACGACCCGGCUUCUUACCGCGAAUUCGCCGCGCCCAUGACCGUCCAGAUCUGGGAGACGACCCUGCGUGUGUUCCAGCAGUACUGGCGCACGCCAUCUUACAUCUACUCCAAGCUUGCUCUGUGCCUCUUCUCUGCUCUCUUCGUUGGGUUUUCUUUCUUCAAGGCGAAGAACACGACGCAGGGCUUGCAGAACCAGAUGUUCUCUGUCUUCAUGCUCAUGACCAUCUUUGGAAACUUGGUGCAGCAGAUCAUGCCCAACUUUGUGGUGCAACGCGCGCUGUACGAAGUGCGCGAGCGCCCGUCCAAGACAUACUCGUGGAAGGCGUUCAUGCUGUCCAACAUUGUGGUUGAGCUUCCGUGGAACACGCUCGCGGCCGCCAUUCUCUACUUCUGCUGGUACUACCCCAUCGGGUUGUACCGCAACGCGGCGGAGACGGAUGCGGUCACGGAGCGCGGCGGCCUGAUGUUCCUGCUCAUCUGGGUUUUCCUGCUGUUCACGUCGACAUUUUCUCACAUGAUGAUUGCUGGCAUCAAGGACGCCGAGACCGGUGGUAACAUUGCCAACUUGAUGUUUAGUUUGACGCUGAUUUUCUGCGGUGUUCUCGCAACCAAGGAGCAGCUCCCCGGAUUCUGGAUCUUCAUGUACCGCGUCUCACCAUUCACGUACCUCGUGUCGGCAAUGCUGUCGACGGCCGUGGCCAACGCACCCGCCACAUGCGCCAGCAACGAAUACUUGCGCUUCCCGCCGCCCCAGGGCCAGACCUGCGGCGACUACCUGGCGCCGUACAUGCAGAUGGCGGGCGGCAGGCUGCUCGACGAAAACGCGCGCGACGAGUGCCAGUUCUGCCAGAUGACCGAGACCAACACGUUCUUGUCCCAGGUCGACAUUAGCUUCGACACGGCAUGGCGCAACUUUGGCAUCAUGUGGGCGUACAUCUUCUUCAACAUUGUCGUCGCCGUCUUUGUUUACUGGUGGGCGAGAGUGCCGAAGAAGAGCAAGUCGAAGCCGAAGACCGAGUAA